GUAUUCGUUCUUAUGGCUUCCGUUCUUAUAAUUGGUAAUGGAGGAAGGGAACAUGCACUGGCGUGGCGUAUGGCAAAAUCCGAGUCGGUUAAAAAAGUGUGGAUUGCUCCUGGUAAUGGAGCUGACUUCGAGAAACCAGCAAUUGAUACAGCGAAUGCAGACGAAGUGGUUGAAUUCUGUCAGCGAGAAAACGUAUCCCUAAUAGUGGUGGGACCUGAGGGACCGUUGGCGGAUGGUUUCGUUGACCGGAUCGACGGUCGUGUACCUGUCUUCGGACCAACACGUGCUGGAGCUCAACUAGAGGCUUCCAAGAUUUACUCGAAAACAUUCAUGAAGAAAAAUGGUCUUCCAACAGCAGAAUUUGCGUCCUUUUCCGACAUUGAAAGUGCAGUGGCUUUCAUAGAAAGAUGUGAUUGGGGAGGGAUUGUCGUAAAGGCUGAUGGGCUGGCUGCUGGUAAAGGAGUUGUGGUAGCGGAUAGCAAGGAGAGUGCCAAAUUAGCAGCCCAACAGUUCCUUGCACGUGCUGACGACUGCGAGACGUCUUGUCCGAUGGAACCACUGCCUGAGCGGCGGCUGCGACGGCGAGUUCCUGUCGACGCCUGUCCACGCAUUUUGUACGGAGUUCGCGAGCGAGCCUGUAAUCAGUGCAUUUCAUCGGAGCACGCGGCCGUUUCUGUGCAAGCUAGAGUUGUUGCUAGAUGGUAA